UCGACUAUUUACGAAUAACUGUAGUGUAGUGUUAGGUAAGGACUGGGUACGUACGGUAAACUAGGUAAGAGUGAGAGUUCUUACUCUCUGUAUUGUAAGAUAUCCUGAGAUGUUACGAGUUUUCAAUGCAGUUAAUACCCAGAGCCGAAGCAGUGCAUGUUUGUGCCCAAGUGCGUGUCGAUUUCUUCUGAGGUCCCUAGGCAGCUCUUCGCACAGCAAUGCAACCGGGGAGGGGGGUGAUGGGUUUCCUAGCGCCCUGAGGAAGAGGUGGAAGGACAGUGCCGAAACAGUGGUCAUCGGAGGGGGAUGUGUGGGCACAAGCCUGGCCUACCACUUGGCCAAGGCGGGCAUGAAGGAUGUGGUGCUCCUGGAGAAGUCUGAACUCACUGCUGGCUCUACCUGGCACGCUGCUGGUUUAACCACUUAUUAUCACCCUGGAAUCAACCUGAAGAAAAUCCACUAUUACAGCAUUAAACUGUACGAAAAACUGGAGGAAGAAACAGGGCAGGCUGUUGGGUUUCAUCAGCCUGGCAGUAUCCGUAUUGCUUCCACUCCUGCAAGAGUUGAUGAGAUAAAGUAUCAGAUGUCUCGCUCCCACUGGCACCCCACUCCGCAGUUCCUCAUAGGCCCUGAGAAGGUGCAGGAGCUCUUUCCUCUGCUGAACAUGGACAAGGUGUUGGUGGGGCUGUAUAAUCCUGGAGAUGGUCACAUUGAUCCCUACUCUCUCACUAUGGCCCUGGCUGCAGGAGCCAGGCAGUAUGGGGCUCAGAUUUACUACCCCGCGCCGGUCACAGGCCUCACUCCCACAGCUGAUGGGAAAUGGAUUGUAGAAACACCACAGGGGACCAUUAAAUCCAACCGCAUUAUUAAUGCCACAGGCUUCUGGGCCCGAGAAGUGGGGAAAAUGAUUGGCUUUGAGCACCCCAUCAUGCCUGUCCACCAUCAGUACGUCGUCACUUCCACUAUCCCGGAGGUAAAGGCCUUGAAGAAAGAGCUUGCUGUGAUCCGAGAUCUGGAAUCUUCGUACUACCUGCGUCAGGAGCGGGACGGGCUGCUCUUUGGGCCGUACGAGAAACAGGAGAAGAUGAAGCUGCAGGACUCCUGGAUAACAGAUGGUGUUCCCCCAGGCUUUGGGAAAGAGCUGUUUGAAUCAGAUUUGGACAGGAUCAUGGAGCAUGUUGAAUGUGCAAUGGAGAUGGUUCCGGUGCUGAAGAAAGCUGACAUCAUCAACAUAGUAUCAGGUCCAAUCACCUACACCCCAGACCUUCUCCCCAUGGUUGGGCCGCACGUAGGAGCUCAGAAUUAUUGGGUGGCCAUUGGCUUUGGGUAUGGAGUCAUUCACGCUGGUGGCAUUGGGAAGUUCCUGAGUGACUGGAUCAUGAAGGGAGAACCUCCCUUUGACCUCAUUGAAGUGGACCCCAAUCGCUAUGGCAAAUGGACUACAGUACCAUACACUGCAGUAAAAGCCCGUGAAUCUUAUGGAUUUAACAACAUUGUCGGGUACCCCAAAGAAGAGCGAUUUGCAGGCAGACCUACAGAGAGAGUGAGUGGAAUUUAUGAAAUCCUGAAAUCAAAAGCAUCCAUGGGUUUCCACUCCGGCUGGGAACAGCCUCACUGGUUUUAUAAGCCUGGUGAUGAAACAGGAUACAGACCCAGUUUCCGACGUACAAACUGGUUCAAGCCCAUUGGUCGGGAGUGCAGGUUGGUGAUGGAGAAGGUGGGAGUGAUUGACCUCACCCCCUUCGGGAAGUUUACUGUCAAGGGGAAAGACUCCAUUCAGCUUCUGGACCGACUCUUUGCCAAUGUUGUGCCGAAGGUUGGUGUAACAAACAUUAGCCACAUGUUGACUCCUCAGGGCCGGGUGUAUGCUGAAGUUACAGUUACCCAUCUCUCCCCAGGAGAGUUCCUCUUGGUCACUGGCUCUGGUUCUGAACUUCAUGACCUCAGGUGGAUUGAACAGGAGGCAACUAAUGGAGGCUACAACGUAGAGAUUAACAAUGUCACUGAUGACAUAGGGGUCCUGGGCAUAGCCGGGCCCAGCUCCAGAAAAGUUCUUCAGAAACUGACAACAGAAGACAUAAGCGAUAAGGUCUUCAGAUUCCUUCAGUGCAAAGUCAUCAAGGUUGCAAACAUUCCUCUGAGAGCCAUCAGAAUAUCUUACACAGGUGAGCUGGGCUGGGAGCUGUACCAUGACCGACAGGAAACUGCUGCUCUAUAUGAGGCCAUCAUGCAGGCAGGGCAGGAAGAGGCCAUUGACAACUUUGGCACCUACGCCAUGGGCUCGCUGCGCAUGGAAAAGGCCUUUCGGGCCUGGGGAGCCGAGAUGAACUGUGACACAAAUCCACUGGAAGCUGGCUUAGAUUACUUCAUCAAGUUAAAUAAGCCUGCAGACUUUAUUGGUAAGAAGGCCCUACAGGAGAUCAAGGCCAAAGGCCUGUCUCGCAAGUUAGUGUAUCUCACUCUGCAAACCGAUGACGUUGAUCCAGAAGGCAACGAGACCAUUUGGCACAAUGGCAAGGUUGUUGGAAACACCACUUCUGGAGCCUACAGCUACACCACCCAACAGAGUGUGGCUUUUGCCUAUGUGCCUACAGAGCUUGCUAAAAUAGGCCAGAAGGUAGAAGUUGAGUUGCUAGGCAAAAACUACAAAGCAACUGUUGUGCAGGAACCGUUGGUGCUGACUGAACCCACAAGAACGCGUCUUCAGAAACAGAGUAAAAGCAAGGCCUAGUGAGGCAGAGAACAGGCUUUGACCAGGGCUGCCCAUGAUCUGCAGGCCACAAAACCUCUCACUCAAGAGACUGAAAAAAAUGGAAUGUUAGAGAUGAGAGCUUGCAUACGGUGAAAAAAACAUCCCAGGAGACUGCUUGGUCAGGAAAAAGGGGAAUAGAUUUCCCAGUUCACUUUCAAAUGAGUAAGCCAUGUUUAAUGCAAAACAUGGAAUACAGUAGAUUUAUCGUCUACAUACAAUAUAGUUUGAUAAAGUUCAAUAAAGGUAAUAAAGUCCAGUGAAGACAGGAGAGCUGAAGACCAGGGCAAUUUUGUUGCAGCUCACACAGAAGCUAAAAAAUUUCAGAAGAAGGUGAUAAGAGUUUUAAAUACUUGCAUAGCAAAGCUGAAGUGUAAGUUAAAUCAAUGCAAAAUUGUCCACAAGCUUUCAAAGUCGAUUUUACAGUGUUAUAGAGUGGUAAUGUAUGAAAACAGAAAAUAAAGUGCUUUAAGGUCUUAAAGAGAUACAGAUGUGUUAAGUGUUAGAAGUGCCAGAUGUGUUGAAAUUAAAAAAAGCUACUUUCCUCUGGCAAUAGUAUUUCCAUAUAUGGUUUAUAAUAGGGACUUUGCAGUAUUGUUCUUAAUUUUAAAAUGUAUCCAACAGUAAAAUAAUACAUUCAUCUCAGGGUAAUAAAAACACACAAAAAUUAACUUUCAUGUAGCUUAAUCAAUUGCUUUGAUUGAAACUGUAUUAUGCUCCCAAUAUCACACAAAACACCUUUGUAUUUGUAACUUUUGUAUUAUAAUUUUGUUCCUGCUGUGCACUGUAAAAUUUAAUAAUGAACUGUGUUUUAAUAUACACUGAAAUAAACUAAAUGUGUUAGGGUUCUAAAUACAACAGUGCUUCAUUCAUC